UGCUGAUUCAGCUAAAAAAGAAAGAAAACCGAAUAGAAAGUGCGAGAAAAGUCUUAAGAAACCGCGAGAAAAUAACAAAAAUUAUCUGAUUCUCAUCGUCGUCGUCGUUGUUGAAGUUUUCUUUGAGCUUAACAAAGUUUUGGGAUCAUUUUCUUAAAGGUGUUUGUUUGUGUGGUAUGAUUUGAUAGAAAAUGGUGGCAGAAGCUAAGAUUGUGUGUCAGCAGAGCGUGCCCGUUUUGGAGGUUCAGUAUUUUGGUAAAGGGACUAAUGUUCAUGAGGUUGAAGAUGUAGUUGCAGUUUCACAGUCGAUUUCGCCCAAGAGUUUUGACCGAAAUCGUGCUUCGGAAUCCGUCUCCGAUGCUAUAACGAGCUCUCAAGCCGAUGAUAAACCUGCGGAUAAAAUUCCUGAUUUGGCUCCAGAAUCGGCUGAUCUUCAAUUCUUCCCUAGGCUCCGUUCUGGUAGCUUUGCUGACAUUGGACCCCGUAGAUACAUGGAAGAUGAACAUAUACUAAUAGAUGAUCUAUCUUCACACUUGGGAUCGCUCUUUAAUUUUCCCACGCCAAGUGCCUUGUAUGGGGUAUUUGAUGGACAUGGAGGACCAGAAGCAGCAUCUUAUGUCAGAAAAAAUAUGCUCAGAUUUUUUUUUGAAGAUGCCGAUUUUCCUCAGAUUUCUGAAGUUGAUGAGAUUUUCUCAGAGGAGCUUGAGAACUCCCUCCGUAAGGCAUUUCAUCUGGUUGACCUUGCAUUGGCAGAUGACCGCAGUGUAAGCAGUUCAUCUGGGACAACAGCAUUAACUGCUAUGAUAUUUGGAAGGCUUCUAAUGGUAGCCAAUGCUGGGGAUUGCCGAGCUGUUCUCUGCCGGAAAGGAGAGGCAAUCAAUAUGUCUCAAGACCACAGGCCCAUUUAUCCCUCAGAAAGGAAGCGAGUUGAAGAAUUGGGUGGAUAUUUUGAUGAUGGGUAUCUGAAUGGCGUCUUAUCAGUAACCCGAGCAUUAGGCGACUGGGACAUGAAGUUUCCUCGUGGUUCUUCAUCACCCCUUAUUGCCGAUCCAGAGUUCCGGCAAGUGGUUUUAACAGAGGAUGAUGAGUUUCUCAUUAUAGGGUGUGAUGGGAUUUGGGAUGUGAUGUCAAGUCAGCAUGCAGUUAGCCUUGUUCGACGUGGGCUACGGCGGCAUGAUGACCCGGAGCAGUGCGCAAGGGAUCUUGUUAUGGAGGCUCUUCGCCUCAACACGUUUGAUAAUCUCACUGUGAUUGUGGUAUGCUUCUCCCCUCUUGAUCAUCGAGAACCAUCACCACAGCGGGAACGAAGAUUUAGGUGCUGCAGCCUCUCUGCGGAGGCCCUAUGUAGUUUGAGGAGCUUGUUGGACAGCAGUGCCAGCGGUUGAUUGUAGAUAUAAUUUUUCAAAUAAAUGUCUCCCUCAUACAUUGUUUUGGCUGCUUCAGUCAUGAGAUAAAACAGCAGCUAUCAGUUUUGUAGGUGUUCAGUGAGCUCUGGGUUGAUGUACAUACAUAAGAAGGGGGACGCGGAUGGUGAUUGUGUUGUAAAAAGAUGUAUGUUCAUACAUUUUUUAGUUUACAGUACAGAGUGAUUGGUUCAUCCGAUAUAGUCCAUUUCUAAUCCUCUCAUGUGUAUUUAUUUUAUGUAUAUUAUUUGGAUCUUCGUUUCUUUUUAGCUCUUCCUCUGCUUUUGUCCUUUUAGCACUUGGCUCUCAACAAUGUAACCCCUAAUAUAUGAUUAGCAUUUGACAA